GGGGUCAUGACAACACUGACGCAACCUGACCCUGUGAAGCUAUGGUCCGACGGCUAUAAGGCAUAACGCGUAACACCCCGUGAAGCUACGGUCGAAAUAGAACAGUACUGUGAACUUCGCCGACUCAUAGGGAAUAAGAUAAUGUAAAGGAAACAAGGUAAAGCAGACAGAGUGCAACUACUACCGCUACUAACGCAAUGAUUUGGCAUGAUGACGGAACCUUGGCCGAUUUCCCGCUGGGUCUGAGAUGUUGUUUCAGCCGCUGAGCCAUUAGUUCUUCGUAGCCCUGCUGAGGUCUUAGAUGACGACAGAUUGUCUCACUACUAUGAUAUAACCCCCUCGCUCAAGCUAUAACAGCAUGCCCGAGUUGAACGAUACUCACUACCAACGCAUGUAUGACACCUACUGGAUGCAUCCAGAUGUCCAGAUAUUUCAGAAAAGUCAAACAACAAAUCAGAUCCGUUGGCUAUUCGAAGACCCCAGUGGAUUCAUGGAAGCAGCGUUCGGUAUACCGACAGCGAUUGUUUCCGAGGAAUAUAUCAAGGCAGCAAACAUCGCCGUCGCUUUCACGACUCUUCAGCACAAAUCGGCAAUGGCAGAGACACCCCAUCUGAAUCCCUUCUCUCCACCUCGUAAUCCACUUAUUGGCUACAAUGAGUCACCAAUCAGCAUCGACCUUGCUUUUGUAUGCAAUGGAGAGCACGAAACAGGCAAAAGCAUUUGGCUAUUUCUUAUCCUCAUCUGGCGUCUGCAGUGCGGUCUACCCACAGGUUACGCUAGCUCUAGCGAGACGUGGUUUUUCUUUAACCAAGAAGGAGUAACGAAAGGUCCUUUAUACAGCGUUAUACUUCUCGACUAUCGCCGUCUCAGCGAUCGUUUGGGCAACAACCAUUGGUUCUUGGUCGACACCACCGAAGGCUGCUAUGAACGUGACAUGCCGAUGAAGCUUGCUUGGACGGGAUUUUACCUCGUACAAGUUACGUCCCAAACCAAGAUGGGCUGGACGCGCUGGAUGUACAAAAGCAAGCCCGAGGUAUUUAUCCAUACGAUGAAAUCAUUCCAUGCCAAUAUGCGAGGUGCUCCAGCUCAGAACCAGAAAUGAGUAGGCAGGUCAACUUAUAUUUUUAUAACGGCCGUCAUAUUCACCUAGUUCAAGGAUAAAACCAUGCAGGAUUUUGCUACUGUCAUAUGUAUGUACGUUAAUAUAAAAUGGCGUAAUAACACAAACUGCUGUGAAACGAAUGGAAUGUUCCAUAAUAAAGAUAGAAAAACGAAUGGAAUAAAUAAUAUAUUGCUAAUCUGUAUCGGAGAGCAUACCGAGAGUUGUCAAAAUUCCAUUAGGCUAGAAAAUAUGUCAGGCCGACGUCAGUGAAUGAGGUCCCUU